UGGGUGGUGGAGAGAGGUAGAGACUCUGGUUUUCAGGCUGGAGGGAGGGAGUGUGGCCAGGGUGUGCUCUGGGUGGCAUCAUCGUGUGCCUGACCAUGAAUUCCAGGUUUUGCAGGGAUGUGGGCUCAGCUGUGUAAGAAAAACCUUCUGCCCAUUCACCCCUCAGCACAGGCAAUAGGAAGGGAGGCAGGUAGCCAAGCUUCAAGCAGCUUGUGGGAUGGAGAGCUGGCCCAGGGGUGCAGCCGCAACAGAGCUCUUUUUUAAGCUUGUUUUGAUUUCCACACACACAUGGGCCAUGCAAAGUUGGCUGAGCGAACUUUGACCAGCAGUUCAGGAAAAUAGGUUUUACUGCCAUGACCUAAAGGCCAGACUAGCUGCUGAGCUUCACUGGAGCAGGGGUGAGUUUGAUUUCUGGUGUGGAGAGGAGGUUUUUGUAUAGGGCAGACCCACAACAAACAUUGUGCUGUGUUGCUCUGACUGCCUCCAAGGGAGCGAUGGGAGGUUUGUGCUAGCAUGUGAGGAUGCAGUGCAGAUGCACCCACUGCUGAGAAGGACCUUCUGUCGUGACCUUAGACCAUCCCCUAAGGUUCAGUCAAGGUCUCUCCAACAUAUAUACACAUAUAGUAGAGGGAGACCAUCACUUAAACUGUCUCUUUUGAGACUUAAAAAUUACUUUAACAAGUGAGAGCAUGUAAAUACCAUAGCAGUAUUGCUGGUGCUCAUAGCUCCUUUCCUCCAAGCAGAAGCACCUGCUGUAACUAACUGGCCCUGAGCCACCAUGAGACCAGGCGUUGCAGGCCCUGAGGGCUAACAAACAUCCACUGGGAUAUUACAGCGUAGAUCCAGCCCUUUUGGGAUUGGGGUGUCUUGUUCCUGUGCUCAGCAGUCUGUGCUGGUGGUGGUAGUGGUAGUGUUGUGGUGCUGGUUGAGCAGAGGCACAAGCCCUGCAGGCUGGGAGGUCAGGGCAGAGCCCGUUUGCCCAAUUUGGCUUCGCAGUUGAAGACGGAAACGGAGAAGUGAAACUGUACACACGGUCUGGUCAGAGCAGGUAGGUGGGAGGAAGGAGGGUUGAGCCAUCCCUUCCCCAACCGCUGCCAAAGUGAAGGGGUUCAGGAGAGCAAGGACUCGUCAACCUAAUACCGAGCGCUUAAAGGACCCAGCUCCAAAGCCCAGCUCAGCCCAUGCUAUUCAUGGUUUCAUCGGCCUUUGGAUAAAGACAGUUGGAGGGUUUGAAGUGGUGAUCACGGCUGGUAAUGAGGGCGGCGGAUUCCUGUUCCCCAGCCCACUUGGGCGCAGCUGGACUUCCUGGCUGCGCUUCAGUGGUGGGUGACUGAAUACAGUCUUCUCUGCAUCACAGUGAUAGUAGUAAUGUGAAGUUUAAUGAGCACCUGCAAAGUCGUGUAGCAGGGAAGGAACUGCCAUGCCCGUGGGAAUCUUCCGGGUGUGCCUAGUGGUGAUUACAGCUAUCGUCAACCACCCGCUCCUCUUCCCUAAAGAGAAUGGCACUGUCCCCGAGAACACGGAAGAAAUCAUCCAGAAGAUGAAGGAGCGGGAAGAGAGCCUUCGGCUGGAGCAGUUGCGCUUGGAGCAGGAAAUCGCAGACCAGGAAGCCACACAGAAGGCCCUGAAAAAGGCUGCGGAGGUAGUGGAGGAAAGCAAAGAGGAAAAGUUCCGAUGGGAUAUGUGGACUGCCCUUUCCAUGGUCAUCUUCCUGCUGAUUGAGGUCUGGAGGCAGGAUUUCCAGGAAGGGAAUUGGCAGGACACAGGAGGAGAAGAGGAUGACAUGGCUGUCCUGGGGAAAGCAUUUAAAGGACUGGCCUUCCCUGACAAGGCUGUCUUGGCCAGCUUCUAUGAGAAGCGCAUCCUUGGUACCACUGGAGACAUGGCCAGGAUGCGGGAGAUGGUGGAAGGCUUUGCAGAUGACCUGCUGGAGGCUUUGAGGAGUGUUUGUAACCGGGAUGCUGACAUGGAAGUGGAGGACUGCAUGGGUGUAGGGAGCAUGUAUGAAAAUUGGAGAGUGCGUAAACCUUUUGUCUGUGAUCUGAUAGUGCCUUUUGCUCCCCCAGAGCCAUACUGUUUUCGGUCUCAGACGUGGUGUUCUGGUGACUCUUUUCCCCCAGAUAAACAAGGUUAUGGCACUAUCAAGGUAUGCAGGGCAAAUGAGGAUGUGACAGGUUGCAUCUGUGACAAGACUAAACUAGGGGAAGAUAUGCUGUGCCUUCUCCAUAGCCAAGCCAAUACUACCAGGCCCAGCAGUGAAAUGGAAGACCUCCUGUGCUUCAAAAAUACUCAAUAUCUGGAUGCCGACCAAGUCAUGAAGUGGUUCCAGAUCGCAGUCACCAAGGCCUGGAACAGAAUCUCCCACAAGUAUGAAUUCGACCUUUCCUUCAGCCUCCUGGACUCGCCAGGAGCCCUGAAGAUAAAAUUUAAAUCAGGGAAAUCGAUUGCCUUCAACCUCACCCCUGUGGUGCAGUAUGAGAACUCAGACGUUUACUUCAUCUCUCAUUUCCCUCGGAGCAGCCUGGCAGCAGACCUCCCCUCCAGCAUUCACUGGUUUCUCACCUUUGCAGUGUAUGAGAGGAGGUUCAUCCAGCUGGUCUCCAAAACACUGCCUGCCAACGCCUGCCACGUCAGCUGCCUUCAGAUCCUCUCCUUCCUCCAUGGGAAGCAGUGCAGCCUUACAGGUCCAAGUGGGCUCACCAACUACCACCUGAAGACAGUGAUGCUGCAUCUCUUGCAGGCACGUCCCAGUCAGGACUGGGCCCCAGAGAAGCUGGAGGCCCGUCUACAGGACAUGCUGAAAUUCCUGGAGAAAUGUUUGCAUGAAAAGAAGCUCUACCACUUCUUCAUUGGCAAUGGGAAGGUACCAGCAGAGCUGGGCUUCCCCAUCAUAUUCCAGAGGGCUGAGCCUCUCAACCUUUUCCGUCCCUUUGUGCUACACAGGGACGUUUACAGGAAGACAGUGGACACAUUCCACGAGAUGCUCAGGAACACGUCUGCACUGAUAAAUGAAUACACAGUGCACAUUCCCCUUGCACACACCAAUGGGAUCCAUAAGGAAUCCCUUUAACCAAAGCCAGCAGGAAAACACUUGUUCCUCUAAGCACAAGCCCAGGGGGCAGCUUUCUGAAGCCUCCUGGAGACAACUGAUUUUGCCAGUACAGCUUCUUGUCUGCGGCUGAACUGGUCCUGGGCCACGGUUUCUGCAGUAAGGGAGUGGGGAUGGGGGGAGGAUAGGGAGAAACUGGAAAAUGUGGUAUAAAAGUAAGUUUCUGCUCCACUGGUGUGCUGGCUGGGUUUUAAGCAGCUAAGAAUAUAUUUUUCUAUUGUGCCUCAGUCACGCUACAGUGGUGGUGAGCAACAAAUAUGACUAAUUUAUUCAGAUGCCUGCAAUGCAAACAGUGGUGGUGGCCAAAUACUUCAUUUCCUUUGAAAGGGGGAGAUAAGAAAAGGAUGGAGGAAUCAGAGACAGGAUCUUGGGAUCGCAGGAGCCUGCCUGCUUGCAGACAGCAGGAGCUCUGAGACAGAUGGGUGCUGAUGUGGGGAGGAGGAGGGUCAUGCACAAGAUCUGGACUGGAUGGAGAUCCUUUACUCAACCACAGCUCUUUAAUUAAAAGGGAACUGUAGCUAUGUAUUAAAAAAAGCUUUCUUGACAAGACUUGCAGUCAUAGUUUAAAUGGCUUGUCCUGUCCUUCAAAAACACCCCUGCACCCUGCACAUUUCUUCUCCCUGGGGAGGAUGUAGCAGAGCAGGCAGCAGGGGCUGUGUCUUCAGACCAUUUCAUUUGAGUCUUCUAUUUUCUUCAUGGUAACAUGGCUAGUGGGUUAUAUUCCUGGCCAUUUUCUAUGGACAAGUGGACAGGAACCUUUUUCACCUUAGAUAAAAGAGAGAAACACCGUUACUGGGUUCUGGUGGCUUGGUUUGUUUGUUUGUUUUCCUUACCUCAGGGCAGCAAGGCUGAGAACAGCCAAGAGAGAAAGGACUGCUACAGGUUUUCCUUUCAUAAAAGAAGCAGUUCUCCAAAAUUAUCCUAUAAUGAAGCCAAUCUCAGCAGUCUGAUAGCAGGAGGGAACAAUGACUCUCCCAGCCAUGGUUUUAAUGAGGCCAAGGCCAGCAGGAUGGCUCUGAGUUAGGAGGAGGGGAUGAAGGAGGUGCACAUGCAGCAGAGCUUGGCAGCGCUGUCCCUGCAGCUGCCUUGUGGACUGUGUCACAUCCUUCUGCUCCCAGAUACCCAGGCGGAAGCUACUUGUUUGCCUCCAGGUAGGGUCUCAAUCCUUUUAAAGACUGCUGCUCUGAUAAGGCUCUGAGGAGCUGCUGCUAGCGGACUGUAAUUUGCUGAGCCAGGAGUGUGACAGGGAAGUGACAGCUUCUGCAGGUUUUCAAGCCAGGGGAGAAUCUCAAGGCAUGUGCUAAAAAACCCAAUGCAGAAAUGGAGAUGCCUGAACUCCCUUAGGAAGCAGCAUGUCAGUGCCAUGCCAGUGGGCUACUCAGCCCUGUCGAGGUGGUUUUGGUAGAGGAGAGGGCUCAGUAGCCACUCACCCUCCUUCAAGUGCUUUGUGCAGGAUCUAAGCCAGCGCUUCAUUGCAGAUCUGCUUUGUGCGGGUCCUGGAGGCCUGGCCUCUAGUGCUAAGGGAGGUGCCUUCCUACCAUUUUCUUACACUAGGAUUUCCUGCAAUGUUUUACACUAGGGCUUCUCUAAAUCCUGUUUACAGGAGGGUAGUUGUUCUGAGUAGUGAGACCCAUCAGGGAUGAUGUUACCAUGACUCCACAGGUAAUUUUUAUUAAUCCUCUCUAUCACAUGCAUCAGAGAGAAGAUUUAAUCCUGUAUCACUACUAGGAACAGCAUGAGGCUUAUUAUCCAGUAUGUUGAUAAGCAAAGUCUCCAUAGAUGUAUCCUCCUUUCCCUUUUCCUGGUAAAAACCAUUUCACCACCAUUAGAUCCCAGACAUCAUCCCUGAUGUCUGCUCUUGUCUUUCCCUCCACCAGUGAGGGACAUUUCAUGCACAAAGGCAGAGAAAGCUGUAAAUCCCAUUUCCACACCUGGUUCAUAAGAAAGCACUGGUGGGGACAGGGAACUCUUUGCUCAAAUUGUUGCUCCCCUUGACUUUUAUCAUCACAGCUAAAGGGUGGUUAGCUAGUAUUUCUGAGCAGAAAGUAAGGAGUAGGAAGCAAAAUGGGAGAGAAGAGGCCAGUGGGUAAUGCCAGUAGGAAGGUCUUGGAUAGUCAGUUUUUGCUUCAGCACCCUUGGCGAUGAGCACCUGGGAGACUGCCAGGUCUGGCAGAGCAACAGGGCAAGACUAAUUGCUAAUGCUAACGAGUGCCAUAAGCCCCUGAUAUUCAUUAGUAGAACCAAGCAAGCCUUCCCUAGUAGGAAAGAGGGCAGGAGCAUUCUCAGGUGACAUGACAAGCAGGUAGUGACAAGCAGAGGUACAGGGAGGGUGGGUAAAUACUGGAGCCUGGAGGCUGUAUUGGAAGCUGUGUAACAAGCUUGUGUUUGCAAACCCAAGCAAUUUGCCAUUUUUACCUGCCCAGAUUUACUGCGCGGUGCCUGCAGCAGAUCCAGCUACGUGGGCUGCUGGCAGGCAGGCCAUGCUGAAGCAGUUGUGGUUGGAGUUACUUCUAAAUGUGUUCCCAGCCCAACCAUAGAGAAAUAAAAAUUUCUCUGCCAUUUCCUGUUAGGAGUCUAAAUUUAGACUGUCCAAAGAACAGAAAUUUGUGACCCAGGUCUCUCAGGAAAUUACAUUCAGGGUUGAAAAAUAACUUUUAUAUAAGGUUGAGUAGGGAGAGGAUGAGAAGAAAAGGCUGUUUAACAGAAUAAGGUAACUCCCCUGUUAAAAUGUCAGAACAACGCUUUGUAACGCCAGUCCUACGGGCUUGUAAACAUGCCUAAACUCGUCUUUACACAGCUCUGAGCACUGCUGCUCAGACUGAAAGGGAACUUAAACUGAUAUGUGGAUUGAAUCUUUAGGUCUUCAUUUUCUGUAUUUGUGUGCCUGUUCUCUCUUAAGCCCAAACUGACCCUGAAGUGUUCCCAUGAGGUUUAGUUGAACCCAAAUCGGAGCUGGACCAAGGAAUUUAUGGAUUUGAUUCCCCUGAAAGCAAAUUGCUUGGCUUAAUUUUCCUCCAUGCUAUAUGUUCAUUUUGCCCUGAGCACGUUUUAGGACGUCUGUUCUGUGCAUUCAGGCUGUGAGGGAAUCCACUCAUACCUGUCCAGGGGGAGAAAUGCUCUUUGAUCAUAAGCUGUGCUCCAGUAAGCCUCAGGGCAGAGAUCUUCUUUGUAAGCCAUAUACCAGGAUAUAUACCAGAGGUAUAUAUGGUCCCAUCAGAGGAGAUAUGGGUACACAGCAUUUCUCUGGAUCAGACCUUUGAGGCGGUACAUCAUGUGAAGCACGUCAUUCCUUGGACUCUUGUAUUCCUUGUCUCUCCUGUAUUAAAUCUUUGCCCACCAAGUGCUGGCCCUAUCAGUAAAAGGCCACACUCACAUUUCAUAAAAAAGGUUUGUAAGACAGUUCAGCUCCAUCAGCUGUCAGCCAGUAAAAAUGUCCUAAGACUUUUUAGUGCUGCCUGUGUUUAGUUCUGCCUUGAUUGAAGUCUGGCUGGGCAUUCAUACAAAGCAGCUUUAAAGGGUGUGGGUGGAAGUGGGAUUUUGUGGUUUAAAGUGAAUAACGUUCUUUUAAAACCAAACAGCAUACGACAUGCGAGUGACAAACACACAACAUCUCUUAGGUAAUGCCUGUAUGUCUGUGAGAGAUCCUAAGGAAGGGUAAACAGCCUGUCCUGGACCUCUUCCUUGUGUCUCAGUGCUGUUCUUGCUAUUUGCUAACCCGGUGGAUUUAACAGAUGAACUCCUAUUGCCUUCUGCUGAUUUCCAGCCACUCCCUCCACCCUCAACUUGUUAUGUUAAUAUCUCAUUAUAGGCUCUGUCAAAGCAAUGGAAUUAGUGGUGGCUUGAUAGCAGCCACUGAUCUGCAACAUAGCCUUGGGAGCUAUUUGCCUUUAGGAAAUGUCUUGGUCUAAGAUUAUUGCUGUUCAGGAGCUGAAUGUCUUCUAAGGGGAACUGUUGGGAGUUCACUCUUUAGUAUGUGGCAACCACAGAAUAUGGAUUCUCUCCACGUUGUUCUGUAUACAGGUCUUACAGGGGUAUAAAGAUGUAUUUUUAGCAAAAGGAUCCAAAACUUUAUCCAGUAUUCAAACAGCGGGAUUUGGUGCUUGUUCACCAGAUAUUUUUAAUGCAAGGCCUUUGCAACAUUUUCUCUGUGGUGAAGAAAUGCGACUUUACCCGCCUGUAACAGCUUAGCUGCUGGUCAUUGAGGUGUUAGCUCCAUAGGAUCCUACAUAGUAAAUAGCUUUAUUUAUUACUUGUCUUUUUUUAGGACUGGGGGUGUGUGUGUAAUGUUAGCUCAGAAGCAAAACUGUAGUAUGAAGAUCAAUCUUGGCAAUGCAGCUGAGAGAGGCAAUAACACCAAAACUCUCCAAACUAAGGUCUUCCUUGAUUGACAAUGCUGUACUCAAACCGCUGCUUUUAUAGCAGGACACUGUUGAAUUUGUAUGGAUCUUCUCACGCAGCUUUAUUUAUAAUAAAGGAAGUCUUGUACAAAAUGUAAA